AAGAAAUGCAGCUGCAGAUGAAAUUAAUGUGUUAAUAUAUAUAUACAAGUUUGGUUUUGAAUGUUACGUUGUGUGGGCAGUGUGAGAAGGAGCAUGGGAACCUUAUGUGGACAGAAACUUGACCAAGUGGUCAAACAGCUGGAGAGCUUUGCGCCCGCAGCCCUGGCCGAGAAAUGGGACAACGUGGGCCUCUUGAUCGAGCCAAGCAAAGAUAAACACAUUGAGCGAAUACUGCUGACCAAUGAUCUCACCGAGCCGGUGAUGAGCGAAGCUCUGGAAAAGAAGGCGGAUCUGAUUAUCAGCUAUCACCCACCAAUUUUCAAGGCGCUCACACGCAUCACCAUGGCCAACUGGAAGGAGCGAAUUGUGGCCACGUGUUUGGUUAACUCUGUGGCACUGUAUUCGCCGCACACUGCCUGGGACAAGGUGCCGGGCGGGGUGAACGAUUGGCUGGCCAAGGCCGUAGACAUUCAGGGUAUUAAGCCCUUGAUUCCAGAACCAGGUGCGGAGCCGGGCACUGGUUCGGGGCGUUUGAUAGAGACCAACAUGCCCAUUUCGCAGCUGGUGCAUGCUCUGCAGGACCACAUUGAGAAUAGCGUGCACGUGGCCUUUGCCGUCGGGCAUCAUUCGAAGACUUUUGUGAAGACUGUCGGCAUCUGCGCCGGCGCCGGCAGCUCAUUGUUAAGGGGCGUGCAGGCAGAUCUUAUGAUAACUGGCGAGAUGUCACAUCACGAAUUGCUGGAGUUUAAUCACAAUGGCACCACGGUGCUACUUUGUAACCACAGCAACUCGGAACGAGGCUUCCUGCGCGAAUUUAAGCCCAUACUAGAGGAGCGCUUGCAAGGCACAUGCGAGGUGUUGUUAUCAGAGAAGGACAAAGAUCCACUGCACACAGUAUUUAGAGGUAGCUCGCAGGCAGUACAACAAGUUAAGCAAUAGUCAUCAAACUGGAUAAGGAUUGCAUUUGGAGCAGUGUAUACAAUAAAACAAAAAGGAAACUUAUU